AUGAUUCUGGUGAGAGCAGUCGCUUUAUACUGCAGUAGGCUGCCUUGGCUCAACCCCGCUGAAGCGGCGGCCAUCUCCGCGGUCAACCAGGUUGCGAUGUGCGCGAACGAGGACUUGAAGAUGUUCGUCCUGCAGCAGAUGCAAGCCCUGCACGACCACAUUGGCGCCUCCGAGGAGCGCCAAGCGGAGGAGAACCGGCAAACGCGAGCGAUGUUCGCUCAGUUGGUCGGCGAUCUCAGUGGGCUUCUGCAACACGGCAGAGCAGGGGUGGAGUGA